ACAUGGCCUCUUCACGCCCUAAAUCUGGGUCCACUACUCCUACCUACCUACCCUCUCCCGUCAUUUCUCGUGCGACCCAGCAAAGCCUCCUACAUUAGAUUCACCUUUACGUCCCUCCCCCUUUAUUCUCAUGCCGCCAAUGGAAAGGUGUGGCUUCCAUGGCUGCUUCGAUGCACGAUGCCAUGCAACAGCCAUCUUCGAGUCAUAUCACGUGCAGAUUCACACCUUCGAAAUCUCCAUGGCCAUAGCGAUAUCUUCAAUGUAUGUCUCAGCGACAAACUACCGACGCCCCCGCCGGCGGUCCAACCUCAUGCUGCAGGUGGUCCCUGCUCCGCUAAUUCUCAGUGACACAUCGCUUUAGGCUUCAACAUGCGACCCUUUUGCCAGAAAGCAUACUAGCAUGACACGAGUCAGACGGCGAACACAUCCGCCGGGAUUACCUGUCCACAUGCGUCGAUUGCGGCAAAUGAUCACGCGCGCGUCGCGCAUCUCCACGGCAUCAUCAGCACGCAGUUUGACAAAGGCAUUUCCCGCGGCGUCCUCUGUGCCCCGAGCUUGAGUCGCGCGGUCAUCCGCAUCUCCAGCGCUUUGCGCUGUUACGGUAUCGUCUGCUUCUGCCUAGAAAAUGCUCACAUUACCUCAUUUCCGUCUCCAAAGUCGUGCCCACCUCCUGAUCGAACGAACGACAUCUUUUGUCCGACGUUUUCUUCCGUCUUGUGUUUCGUGCUCUGCACACAUCUGAAAUGGCGACCGGCACCAGAUUCGCGUCCUCUCUCGGUUACCUCAAGUUCGCAUGGUCAAGGGGCAUGGCGGCGGCUGCGCACGGCGGGAAUGGCGGCGGCGGAGCUAUUUCCAAGGAGACGGCCUCUCAGAUUCAGAGCGCAACUGCAAAGAUGGGAGGCGGCGGGGUAACUAAAGGAUCCGCUGCGGCUGCGGCGCAGAGAGCUGCAGACGCGCCGUCUAAGGUGACUGAGGAGGAUGUAGCGGCACUCCAAAGCUUUGCUGCGAAGACAGGCGGAGGGGUAGAGAAGGGUUCGCCUGCAGCGCAGGUUCAGAGCACGGCCGCUAGUAACCAGGGAGAGUAGAGUUGGUCGCGGCGCGGAACAGGGCAAGGCGAGAGCCUUUGCUGCGAAAUAGCCUUGCUUCGUUCAACUUCGGUGCUUGGGUUGCUUGCUACUUGGUGACUAAAGAGAAAUUUCUGAACCAAUUUCCAUCCAAAAGCACUACAC